UGUUUCGUCACGCACCUAUCGAGUUAUAGUGAUAUCUCCUCACGCAGAGCGUUCUUGCGUCUGAAAACAGCUCGACAUCGAGUAAAAACCGAGAGAGACAUAACGCACUGUGUCUUUUAAAGUUGAGCUGUUUUUAACUUCACAGCGCGUCUUAGGAAUAAAGAGCAGGACGCGACGUAACAAAGACAUCCGUCUGACGCAUCUGUGUGCGUCUAAACGAUUAGAAACAGCGUAGACAGCACGUUGAGUGUGAACGCCCCCAGCGCGCGGGUCAUUCAUCGAGCCCCUGCAGGGUCCAUCCUCUUACAGUGCGUAACCAUGACAACAGCCCCGGAUGGUGGCGCGCGAGGGUAGACAGGUGUUGGGUUGCGCAGAGGAGAGACACCUACGCGAUCGCUCCAUACUCUCCAUGUAUCCUGCCUUCAUCUUGUGCACGCGAGGAUCUGUGUCGGGAGCCACCAUGGUGCAUCACUCCGGAUCCAUACAGUCCUUCAAGCAGCAGAAGGCAGGGAUGAACACCAGUAUCAGUGAGAUUUUGAAGGAGAAAACGCUAAAGUCGUCUCGCCGCAGUCUGCCGUGUCUGGCUCAGAGUCAGACACAUCCUCAGAACCUCAAUCACUUCCUGUCUGUGCCUCUGAGUCCUGAACCCAAAACAUACGCUCACAGCGUCAGUGCCUCCUGUGCACACAUCACACCUCCUUCCACAGACACUAGUCAGGAUGUCUACAUGGAAGAGAAGGAGGUGGAGGAGUUUGAGCCUAAAACGGACGAAACGUUCCUCGUCCAGCCGAAGCCCGUGUCCAGAGCAAAGCUAGAGUCGCGCACAGACUCCACACAGGGGAACAAUCGAGAAAAGCCCUCAGGAUUGAUGUUUAGAGAUGGGAAGAAGCGCAUUGACUAUAUACUGGUCUAUAAGAAAUCCAGCCCUCAGGUGGAGAAGAGGUGCACGUUUGAGAGAAACCUGCGGGCGGAAGGGUUAAUGCUGGAGAAGGAGCCCUCACUAACAAACAGUGAUAUCCUGUUUGUGAAGAUUCACGCGCCGUGGGACACGCUGUGUAAAUAUGCUGAGCAGAUGAACAUCAGAAUGCCCUUCAGGAAAAAGUGUUACUUCACAGACUGGAAGAAAAAAACGAUGGGCAGUCGAUUUCAGUUGAGAUUUCGUCAGUUGAAGAGCUGGCUGCCCAGAAACCCCAUGAAACUGGAUAAAGAGGCGUUACCAGACCUGGAGGAAACCGACUGCUACACCGCCCCCUUCAGCAGGGCCAGAAUGCACCAUUUUACCAUCAACAACAGAGAGACGUUUUUCUCAAACUCAACCAGAAGCAGGAUAGUACAUCAUGUACUGCAGCGCACAAAGUACGAGGACGGGAAGUCUAAGAUGGGUAUUAAUCGCUUACUUGGUAACAGCACAUAUGAGGCAGCGUUUCCUCCACAUGAGGGAAGUUAUAAAAGCAGACAUCCGAUUAAAACCCAUGGGGCUCAAAACCACAGACACCUUCUGUACGAGAGAUGGGCGCGCUGGGGGAUCUGGUACAAAUACCAGCCUCUAGACCUCAUACGGCGGUACUUCGGGGAGAAGAUUGGGUUGUAUUUUGCCUGGUUGGGCUGGUAUACAGGUAUGCUGAUCCCUGCUGCGCUAGUCGGCCUCUUUGUCUUCCUCUAUGGGCUUUUCACCAUGGACUCCAGCCAAGUAAGUAAAGAGAUAUGUGAGGCCAACACCACCAUCAUGUGCCCCAUGUGUGAAGGCAACUGCAGCUCUUGGACUCUGAGCGACAGCUGUGUCUAUGCAAAGGUGACCUAUCUUUUUGACAAUGGAGGCACAGUCUUCUUUGCUAUCUUCAUGGCAAUAUGGGCCACAGUGUUCCUUGAGUUCUGGAAGAGGAGAAGGGCGGAGCUAACAUACGACUGGGAUUUGAUUGACUGGGAGGAAGAGGAGUAUAAAUCCUGUGUCAUGGUGUGUUCUGAGGAACUACGUCCCCAGUUUGAAGCCAAAUACUCCCGGAAGGAGAGAGUAAACCCCAUCUCAGGGAAACCGGAGCCCUUCCAGCCCUUCACAGACAAACUCAGCCGACUCAUGGUGUCUGUUUCGGGAAUCUUCUUCAUGAUCUCUCUGGUCCUGACAGCCGUGUUUGCCGUGGUGGUGUUUCGGCUCAUAGCUAUGGAGAAGUUUGCUUCCUUCCAGUGGGAGUUUGUGAAGAAGAACUGGCAGUUCGCCACCUCAGGCACGGGAGUCUGCAUCAACUUCAUGAUCAUCAUGUCUCUGAAUGUGGUCUAUGAGAAAGUGGCCUACCUACUCACAAACCUGGAACAUCCACGGACAGAGUCGGAAUGGGAAAACAGCUUUGCCCUAAAAAUGUUCCUCUUCCAGUUCGUCAAUCUCAACAGCUCGACUUUCUACAUCGCUUUCUUUUUAGGAAGGUUUGCUGGCAGGCCGGGUGACUAUAAUAAGCUGUUUAACCGGUGGAGGAUGGAGGAGUGUCAUCCUAGUGGUUGUCUGAUCGACUUGUGCCUACAAAUGGGAGUGAUCAUGGUGUUGAAACAGAUCUGGAAUAACUUCAUGGAGCUGGGCUACCCACUGCUGCAGAACUGGUGGUCCCGGCGUAAGAUGAAACGAGCAGGAGAGCAGAGUAAGAGUAAAGAAGAGCUGCCGCAGUGGGAUAGAGACUGGAACCUGCAGCCCAUGAACGCACACGGCCUGGUGGACGAGUAUCUGGAGAUGGUUCUACAGUUUGGUUUCACUACGAUCUUUGUGGCGGCAUUUCCUCUGGCUCCUCUGCUUGCUCUACUCAACAACAUCAUCGAGAUCCGAUUGGACGCCUACAAGUUUGUCACGCAGUGGAGGAGACCGAUGCCCGCUCGCGCUACUGACAUCGGUAUCUGGCAUGGUGUCCUGGAGGGAAUUGGAGUCGUGGCUGUCAUAACAAAUGCAUUCGUCAUUGCCAUCACUUCUGAUUACAUCCCUCGCUUUGUCUAUGCUUUCAAAUAUGGGCCCUGUGUGGACAAGGGUUACCGGCAUGAGAAAUGUCUAAGAGGAUACUUGAACAACAGCCUCUCUGUUUUUGAUAUGGGUGAAUUUAAAAAUGGGAGUUAUCAUCCUCGAUACUGCAGGUAUCGGGAUUAUAGAGCGCCUCCAUGGAGUCCUGAACCCUAUGAGUUCACCCUGCAGUUCUGGCAUGUUUUGGCUGCCAGACUAGCCUUCAUCAUAGUCUUUGAGCACCUAGUGUUUGGCAUUAAGACCUUCAUAGCCCAUCUGAUUCCAGACAUGCCCAAAGACCUGUGUGAUCGCAUGCGCAGGGAGAAAUACCUAAUGCAGGAGAUGAUGUAUGAGACGGAACUGGAGCACUUGCAGAAAGAGCGGAAAAAGAAUGGCAAACGUUAUCACCAUGAGUGGCCUUAGCCAUGCCUGUCCAUAAAUAUACAAAAAAAUGCCCACUGGAGAACCACAUUCACUACCCACAAAAGCACAUAAAGACUUUAGAGCGGAGGACAAGCGUCCUUGAAACAUGCACACCUGCAGCACAUAUGUGAACACGGACAUUCAUAUACAACCGUUCUGCUACCUUGGACAGCUAGCUUUAUUGACUCCAUGCAUGGGCUGCCCACUUUUCAUUGCUCUGACAAACCAGGAAGCGGAUUCAGUGUGGGGUCAAAACCUGAUCUCCGGGUGGCCCUUUAGAGCCUACAGUUGGCAGCUGUACUCUGCACCAAAGAGGUUUUUCUCAAUUACAUUAUCCCUACCCGAGAGUAGUUCUAAAACUUUACUGAUUGGCUACUUAAACUUUUGGCUCAUUAGCAAAAGGUGGCUAUGAAGCAAUUAUGGAUUGGGAUAAAGAAGCUUGAGAAACACUAUACUAAAGAAAAUCAUGAUAGGCAUUUUAUCUAUAAAAAUAUGUAUUGAGGGUAUUGAAUGAAUGGUAUUAGUUUGAAACCACGCGGAAAUUAAAUAAAUUGGAUUUCCGAGAGCACAACUGGAUCCACCUUCCUUCUUAAUAGUCAACAAACGUCUGUGCUAGAGUACGCUGCAGAACAUGAAGGAGAUUCACUUCCACAAACCACUGCUUUGUCCAUGUGAAGCAUCAUCAACAUUGAGAUCAAUGGAUUGCAGUGUUUUCUAACACACCGUAAACUCCAGUGUGUGGGUGGGAAAUAUCAUUCUUUGAACACGCAUCCUUCCCGGCAUGGCCUGCAGUGGCGCUGCUCUUUCAUCUGUGUUCUGUCGUAGUUCUGAAUGGAGCACUGGUGCGGUUGGACUGUUUACUAUGCAGAUGAAGGGUUUUUGGAGUUUCUGCUUUCCUACUUGUCUGCGUCUCUGUGCGUGGCAGCUAUCAUCCCGCAGUUCUCUACCAGGUGACCAGGCAACGUGACGAAGUUUACUUACGAACAAAUUUACCGUUGCGCCCCUCUCUUCGCUUGCCAGCAUCUCACAUUGUGAUUCUUGUUACAAAAGUGGUUUCUGGUAAAGGUUACCAAAUAAAAAUCAAUUUGUUUAUGCAAAUGAACAGUUUUUAUGUACUGCAGCGCCUUGAAAAGAUAUGCAGAUCUGUCUUUCAGUACGAUAAGUCAUUUUGUCAAGGCAAAUAAAAUAAAACAAAUAGCCAAUAUUGGCAAAAUGGUGAUAUAAGUAACAUGCAUGUUUUUUUAUUGCAUGUUGUUUCUUUGUUUUUCAUUAUUUUAAAAGACUAUGUGCUUUGUUCAUUGGCCUGGUUUUGUAGUGUGUGUGAGCUGAAUUGAUGUGUGAGUGAGUUUGUUGCUCGGCUGUCAUGAGUUUUGUGUUCCUAUCAGCCUAUGAGCAAGACAUUGGCUAUCUUUGGAACAACAUACUAGCAUCUCUGCAGUGUAUAGUAUGUAUGCUGUGAAUUUUUUGAGUUUGUGAGUUUGCUAAAUUAUUAAGAAUACAACCUGAGUGAGCUGUGUGGAAUGCAGUAUCCCACAAUGCAAUGCUUUCGACUUAACCUACAGUACAAUAGAGCGAUGCAGUGAUGAUACUUUUGUUCAGAAUAAUAGAAUUGGAAAGUGCUAAAAUACUCCAAGCUUUCAUACUUUCCAAGCUUUCCACUCUAUUUCCAGUGUGAUUAAUGUACUUUAAAAUUAAAAUUCCUUCUUGAUUCAUUAAUUGAUUGGAACACCAAAAAUUGAUUAUGAAAAUGGCGAUUCACUGUUUUUACUUUCAUUCACUCCCGAAUAUAUAAGUUAUGUAGCAACAAUGUAGCAUACUACUGUUUGAAGUUGAAGUUACUGUUGCAUGUGUUGUUGCAUAAUGGAUGCCGUUUGAUAUACUAAAAAUAGUAUGCAGUAUACAUAAACUGUGCAGUAUGAAGUAAGCAGUAAGCUAGUGUUCGACUGCAAACAUUGUCAACCACUGUAAAAUACAAAAAUCACAGCAUAUUAAUCUAUCCACCAUUAUCCAUACAGUUCAAGCUUAAACAGAUGAGAUGAUAGAAUUACAAUUGGGACAGUGGAGGUGGAAGACAAACUCUGUUACUUUACAUGUUGUGUGUGUGUGUGUGUGUGUGUAAAAUGUAUUUUCUGUAUAUUUCUUUUUUUGGGCGUGUAUGUGUGCAUGUUUAAAUAUGUGCAUUCAUUACUGUGUGUUUGCGUGUGUGUGUGUGUGUGAAAGAGUGCAAGAGUUUUGUAAAGCUGAUGAAGUGAGUGCUCCCAGCAUGCAUCUCAUUCUUACACUGUUUUUUAAAAGGCAAUGACUAUGUUCGAAAUAGCAUACUACCCAACUACUAUACUUUUUUUCAGUAUUUAUUAUGUAUAGCAGGCAAAGAAUGUAAAUGUUGUAUGCAUGGAAUAUUAAGGUUUACUACAUGUGCUCUAAUCUCCAUUGUCUGUCACUCAACACAGUGUGUUCAACUUGAACUUAUAUUUCAGUGUGACAUACGCGCUAAAAGUAAUAUCAGUCAUGAUUUUCUCAACUCUAUCUCUGAUCAGACUGAGAAAAAGUUUAAUAUAAGUGUGUUUAUUUUAGAGAGAUAACUAGAUACCAUAUAGUUUAAUUCAGUUAAACAUUCAAUGUAAUGUGUCAUUCUCUUUAACAUACUUAAAAAUAGUGCACAUUAAAGUACGUACUGUGCAGUAUGCAAGAAGUAUUCAAUAAAUACGUUAGUAUUCCAUUUCGAACACAGUCGAUGCAUCUGUCCUCAGGCCCUUUGAGUGUUUGCAGAUGAGAUAUUUGUAUCAUAUUUUCUUAGCUUGAAUCAAGUAUUGCUUUUUUAAGUAUGUUUUUUGCACUUUCCAUUUGCAUGGGUAAGACCCCAUAUGGGUUCAGAUAUACACUCAAAAAAAAUCAGAAACGAAGCUUAGAUUGUGUUCUCGCUUCAUAGAUAUUUUACACUCAAUAAAAGUUGAAUUUAAGUUGAAUUUCAUUAAAGCACUUUAGGAGCAUAAUUUUCAUUACCUCUGUUUAGGAUUUACGUUCAAGAAAAUAUACAUAUAUAUUACUGUGUAGUUUAUUAGAACAGUGGUUCUCAACUGGUCAGUCGCAACUCAAUAUUGAUCUCAGUCUGUUCUAGUAGGUUUACUGACAGCAGUGAAAAACAUGAUAAACGUAUAUAAUAAAAUGCACCAGUUUUGGUACUGUGUUGGGUCGCCAUUUUUGGUCCUAGAUAAAAACCAGUCGAGAAUCACUGUAUUAGACACUAAAGUGUGCUUUGAUGAUUUAUGUGUUAUGGAUCUUCAGCAGGACCAGAAUUUCAUAAAAUGAAUGGAAAUGUGAGGUUGAUCUGAAACAGGAAGUAGUCUCUACUAUGACGCACCGUUCUCUUGGUGUACUGUAAUCUAUGCAUGACCUCAUUGAGAAGCCCAGUCCAUCUCGGGCUCUUGACGAACCUUUGUGUAUCUGUGCACUUUUUACUGUGAAGUGUGCAUGGCCUUUAUCUGCUAAAACCGGAGAAGACUGACCUGAGAUCAGUACGUGUUGUAGUGGUUCUUCGUCAUGAAUGAUCAGUUGUUAAUGGCCUUGUGGUGAUCUCAUUAACAUUAAUUUACAGACAAUUGGACAACAAAUGUUAUUCAGGUUUUAUUAAAUACACUUGGUUGUAUAUAAAAUGUCUUCAUUGAAAAUGCCUGUCAUAAGUACAUGAAACAAUAAAGAUGUUUAUUAUGAUCAACAGCAUGCAUUAUACCACUACAGUCAGCGUUUAACAUCUCUUGCACAGACUCACUGCAUUUUAUUGGAAUAAUGACUUGAUUCCUGCAUCAGUUAUUAGUCAAAACAAUGCAAUUGCUAGUGUUGUUAUAAAGUUAGGCUUAGGUUAAAGUUGGAGUUUUUGGAUGCUAUUUUGUGGUCAAUGCUUAGGUUUGAAUUUAAAGUGUCCCUAUUAUGGGUUAUGAAAGGUUCAUAUUUUGGUUUUGGGAAUCCCCAACAUUGACAUGCAUGCAAGGCACAAAAACAUUUUCAUUGUCUUAUGCAUUUAUUUUUACCUUAUUUGUUCAAAGAUUCCCAAAUGAUUUGUUUAACGACUAAUUUUUCCAAACCUUUGCGUGACGCUAAACACCCAAGCCAGCUAAUCAAGGUCUUACUAGACACGCUAGAAACUUCCAUGCAGGUGUGUCUCAUCAGGUUGGAGCUAAACUCUGCAGGACACUGGCCCUCCAGGAUUGAGUUUGGAGACCCAAGUUCUAGAACAACAUUCCCAUCUACUAUUUAGAUUUAAGAGUCGGUGAUGGGGUUGGGUCUGGAGAAGGGGUUUCCAGUCCUGCUUCUGGAGGGCAUGUAGAGUUUAGCUACCAGCUGCCAAAACAAUCUUGUCUGGAAGUUGUGAUUAAUCCUGAAAGCCAUGAUUAGUUGGUUCAGGUGUAUUUAAUUAUAGAAUUUGAUCCAAACUCUCCAGGAUAGUGGCCCUCCAGGAGGGCACCAUUGGUCUUAAGAAACAUGUCCAUAAUUUAGACAGUAGGUGCGGUAGGGCUAAAAAAUGAGAAUUGUGAGCUGCAAUGAUUGGGAAUUAAAGUUUGGAAUAAUGUUUAACCGCUUAAGACAUGUCUUUAUAUUGUUUAGAGCAUUAAAAAUAAUGAAAAAAAAGGAUAUUUCAUUCAUAAUUUAUGCUAUGUCCUUGGUUGUUUUUAAAAUCACCAAUACAUUUUUAGUUUUCAAGAUUUUGUUUACCAGACUUUGUAUAUAAUGUUAUAACACAAUGAUUCAUUAGACCAUUUUUC